UAAAUAUUUAUAUCCGUGCAUGAUCACGGGAGAAUCACCUUGUAUAUAUAUACAUUAGAUGGAGCAAAGAAUAUAUUCUCUUUAGCCAUAAAUAAUUGAUGGGGCAAGGAAUAUUUGUAUUUGAAGCCUAAGAUGAUUAUAAAUUGUAAACAAGCUCGACAUCGUUUCAUAACACAAGAAACAAACUUUCUAAAAAAUGGGAGAUUUCUUUCAAUCAAGAGAAUGGAUGUAUAAAAGAUUAAAACGUUCUGAUCAUAGUUUAUGCGAGAAGUUUAUUGAGGGUGUAAACACUUUUAUUUCUUUUGCUUGUAAUCAAGCAUUUUUUCUUGAGUGUGGGAAGUUGUUUUGUCCUUGUAAAAAAUGCAAGAAUCAAAAAUAUCGCGAUGUUGAUACAGUGACGAAACAUCUUAUGUUGAAAGGAUUUACAGAAAAUUAUUACUUGUGGACGCAUCACGGAGAAAAUUGGCAAUACAAUGAUGGUGAAGCCUGUUCAUACGGCAAUUUCAAAACCUGUUCAUACGGCAAUUUCAGAUAUCGCACUCUUCUUUCGAGAUAUAUCUGCCAAAAUCUUGAAGAUUGAAGAUGUUGCUAGACUGAAAGAAAAUAUUGCAAUUAUGCUUUGCAAUCUUGAAAAAAUAUUUCCACCGGCAUUCUUUGAUGUGAUAGAACAUCUACCUGUCCAUCUCCCAGAUGAAGCUUUACUAGGUGGUCCGGUCCAAUAUAGGUGGAUGUAUCCGUUUGAACGAUACAUGUAUCAUCUGAAAAAAAAGGUUAAAAACAAAGCCAGGAUCGGAGGAUCAAUAGUGGCUCAGUGUGUGAAUGAAGAAAUUUCUUACGUGACAAAUAAUUAUAUUGCACCUUCAACAGUUCAAGUCCCUGAAAAAGAUGUCAACGAAAUCAGAUUCACUUACAAAUAUCUUGAUGUUCCAAUAAUGUUCCAGCAAGAAGGAAAAAUCAGUGGAAAAUCAAGUAGUGCAUGGUUAAAUGAUGAAGAUUAUAAUAUUCUUCAGACAUUUUUAUUGCUCAACUGUGAAGUAUUUGAACCAUAUGAGAGGAUGUUUGAAGAUUAUAUGAUGGAUAACCACCCAAACAUAACUUCUAAAGAUAUGACAAGAGCAAAAGAUGAAAAAUUUGCAAUGUGGUGUAAAGAUUACAUUAACAAUGCUAGCAAAUCAUUUGAAUUUCCAUUGUGGAUGUUGGAAUUUGUACAAGGUCCAAAGCACCAAAUCACGUCAUGGCCUAUGUAUUAUUCGAGAGGAUAUCAUUACCACACACAAAGCCAUGGACAAAAUAAAAAGACAAUGAAUUUUGGUGUUUGUGUUCCUGGAACUACUGAGACCGAGUAUUUUGGACUUAUCGAAGAAAUAUUCAUGAUAGAGUAUCAUGGUGCCGUUGGGUUAAAAGCCAUGAUUUUUAAAUAUCAUUGGUUCAACAUCGAUCAAGGAAUACGAAGACAAGACAUCCAUCUGGCAUUGUUGAUGUUUGCCCACAAAUGCAUUAUGACAAGUACGAUCCUUUUAUAUUACCAGAACAAUGUGAUCAAGUAUGUUAUGUUCCUUAUCCUCGUCUACGAUCAAGAAGAGAAGAAUGGUGGACAACAAUAAAAGUUAUGCCGAGAGGAUUUUUUGAAACUAAAGAAGUUUCUGAUACGCCCAAAACAGGAAGGAUGGCUUUGGCCGGGUGUUUGAUAUGAACCGAGAAGGCGAUGGCACUUCUGGAACUGGAAUGGAAUGAAUGGAUCGUCAAGAGAUGCGGAAUGACUCUUGAUAUACCACGAUCUAAGGCUAACCACCUAAGAAACGAUGAAGGUGUGUUGGCUAACCACCAAACGACACAAAAGAUGAUUGGGUGACCACCAAAUCAACAAGCCGGUUCAAACCGAUGAACUAGCUAAGAACUCUCUCUCUCACUCAGAGAAAAGAAGAAUCGAAAAUAAACAACCAAAAUGAACUGAUUUUAUUCAUCAAAGGGACUACAUAUUUAUACUACUUGUAGUCAAAGAGAAUUAAAGAGAAUUGUGGGAAAACAAGGCAUAGAAAAUAGAAACAUUGACUAGAAUAUUAUUAAUGAGUCAAAGACUCAGUCUUCCAUGCAGAUUAGUCAAAGAUGACCAUUCGGUUCACGUUCUGGUCAAGGAAACCCUUCGGCUACUGUCCAGGUUCAUCCGAACCAGAUGGAUGCACGGGGUAAAGAUAAGGACGCUUGCGGGACUGUCCGGAUGGUCCGCCAGAUAAGAAUGUAUGUCUGUCUUUGGUUUCUUCACGACCCAAGCUAAGUCUGGCUCGACCGUGGGUUUUAGAAUGCCGAGUUGGUCGGGGAAGACGGGCUGUGGUUCGGUCGGUUAGGUCGUCUGGACGUGGUUCCAGCCGAAGCUCCAAUCGAGACGUACGCGGGACGGCUCGGUCAGUUUGAUCGGUACGGUCGGAUGAACGAACCUCGGUCAAAUUGUUCAGAACGUCCUGAUCUCCAUGCUGGUUGGCUCCAAUGGACUGAUCCACGAACCAGAGCACAUCAGUUUCUCAAAAUGUAAUACAAAACAAUAUUGUUGAUCAUGUGAUACCAUCCACUAAUAUUGUGCGAGUCGAAGCACAUGCAGUCCAAGAUGAUUCAA